GCUCAGAGAAGGGAGGCGCCAAGCGCCACACCGCCCGGCAGAAUAUGCAUCGAGAGCACAUGACAGUCAAUACGCGCGUAAACUGACGCCCAUAUAUUGUUAUGUGUUUCUGUAUUAUUCGUACCAAUCAACGGAAUCAUCAAUCCUGCCAACCCUAGGGAUGAAAAUUGACUCUUUUUCAAUCCACUUGGGGUAAGUUGCGAGAUGAGACUUGAUUUAUGACAAAUGAUAUCGCUAUACCACAUCUCGACAGCAGAAAAGACCAGACAUGAGCGAUUUGAGGAACCAGUGAACACCUCGGAAAGCUAGAUGAGUAGCAACGGCGCCCAGCCACAGUGCCCACUGCCCACUUCUAUUUCAUUCUUCCUGUCUACUACGAGACGAGACAGGAACCGGGUUCCAAGCUGGUGCUGGAGGUCAAUUUGUCUCCACGUCAAGCAUGAGAUGACUCCACUCAUGCGGCAUUAUUCAUUGGUGUUUGUGGCGGAAGACCUACGCUACCCAUUAGCAGAAUGAGUGACUUGUUCUCUCCAACGGUAUCACUUGCUCCGCAUGGGACGCCAUAGGGCGUCUCCACGUGGAGGCCGUGGGUCCGGCUCAAGUGCUGACAGCUAAGCCGGGCUGCGAUCUCAAACCCCUCAGAAACAAACCACUAUCACUUUGCGAGCUCUCGCAAUGAUUGGGUACACGAUAUGUCUCGCAUCUCGCUUGGGAGAAAAAGCAAGAAGACUCAUCUCACCUCGAACGCGAUCAUGGAAGACGCACUGGACAUAGACAUGAGGAAAUCCCUCAAGACGACUGCCGCAUUGAGCCCGGUUCGCAGAGGUCUAUAAAGACCUUGUCCCACGUAUCAGGUUUACCCGUAUCCAGUUCAUUUCAGUUGGCUUCUCGAUUUGGUGAUAAUUUCCCAUUUGCUCCAUCGAAAUGCCACAAUCGAUGCCGUCUGUACGCUGGAAUGCGGCGGAUGAGGAGUCGGCCAAUCGCGGCAGCAAUACUUAUGUGCAGCCGCGGUCGAAGAGCAACAAGAGCGUCGGCAUUCAGAGGCGAGGCAGUCAACGGUCGAUCGAUCCUGCAGCUGCAAUUCCGAUUGAAUAUAGAAGCCUUUCAUUCGAGAUCGAGGACGAUGCGCAAAGGCAGCGGCAGUUCAAGCGCCAAGAUCGGAGAGAUAAGGUAGCGGAAGAAUGGCAGAGUACGGACUGGCACACUUUAUCCGUGGAAGAGGUACAAAAACAACUGGACGCCGAUGUGAUCACCGGAUUGUCCACAGAGAAGGCUUCUGAACGUCUGAGGAAAUACGGCCCGAACAAGAUUUCCCCCCUUCCAAACCCUUGGGUCUGGAAGAUACUCGGAUAUUUUUUCAAAGGCUUUGGUUCGAUUCUGCUCGUUGGUGGUAUCCUGGUCUUCAUUUCAUGGAAGCCACUGGGUCAACCCCCAGCUGUAGCCAACCUCGCCCUAGGCAUCGUUCUUAUCGCCGUCUUUGUCAUUCAGGCCGCGUUCAAUGCCUGGCAGGACUGGUCCUCCUCGCGUGUGAUGGCAUCAAUUACCGCAAUGCUGCCGGAAUCGUGUUUGAUUCUUCGAGAUGGGAGUCGAUGUGAAUUGGUAUCUACUGAAAUCGUCCUAGGCGACACUGUCUUCAUUAAACCAGGCACCAAGAUUCCCGCCGAUCUCCGGUUCAUUGAAGCUUCUCACGACCUAACGAUUGAUCGUUCCAUCGUGACAGGCGAGUCAAACCCAAUCAAGGCUACAAUUGAUUCUACAUCCGAAAAUUACCUAGAAACACGAUGCAUUGGCCUUCAGGGUACGCACUGCGUUUCCGGCACGGCGACGGCAAUCGUUGUAGCAACGGGCGACUCGACUGUCUUUGGCCGGAUCGCCAAGCUUGCGGGUGAGCCGAAAACUGGUCUGACGACAAUUGAAAAAGAGGUCUUACGAUUUGUACUCUUGAUUUUCAUCAUCAUGGUCACUUGGAUUGUGAUACUUGCUGCAGUGUGGGGUGGGUGGCUGCAUAUGGUGCAUCCGAACUAUAUCAACGUACCUACACUUAUCGUCGAUUGUGUCAGCGUUGCUAUAGCCUAUAUUCCGGAAGGUCUGCCAAUUGCUGUGACCGCAAGCUUGACAAUCACAGCCAAUCUGUUAAAAAAGAACAAGGUCCUAUGCAAAUCACUCAAGACGGUCGAGACUUUGGGCGCUGUCUCUGUAAUAUGUACUGACAAGACUGGCACUUUGACACGGAAUCGAAUGUCAGUCACAGACUAUGCUGUGCACACAGCCAGCUCAAUCUUGGACGCAACCGGUGCAAAUUCCCAAUCCAAAUUGAAUCGAUCAGCACUUCAACAGCUUCGUUCCAUCGCGGGUCUUUGCAAUGCUGCUGAGUUUGAUAGCAAGUCAGAAAACCUUCCUCUCAGUGAAAGGGCGAUUUUCGGCGAUGCCACAGAUCAGGCGAUCCUCAGAUUCUCGGAAGGGUUGGGCUCUACCUCGGAACUGAAACAAGGCUGGAAAUCAUUUUUCACCCUGGCUUUUGACAGCAAGAAUAAAUUCAUGAUCAAGACCUUUACCACAUCCAUGGUUGAAAGCGCUAAUUUGUCACUAUCACCCGCUGAAGCUUCGAAUUUUCAGCCUCAGGGCAUGCUUUUAACUAUCAAAGGAGCUCCCGAUAUCUUGAUCAAACGCUGUACGCACAUAUUAGGACCCGAUGGAGAGGUUCGGUCAUUGAGUGAAGAUGUCCGGCGCAAAGUUGAGCAGAGAAUAGAAGAGUGGUCAUCUGAUGGGAAGCGGGUCAUUCUUUUGGCUCGUAAACUCUUGACUCAAGAGAAAUGCUGUCCGGAUCCGCUAUCAUCGGAAUGCGAGACCCAGAUGCUUUUUGAAGCAAAUUCUGGCCUUACUCUGGUUGGCCUUUUGGGACUAAUUGACUCACCUCGAUCAGAAAUUCCCGAGGUCAUCAGAAUUUUACGGCAGGCUCAGAUCCGGGUUUUCAUGGUCACGGGUGACUUCGGUCAGACAGCCCUGGCGAUUGCACGUCAAUGUGGGACCGUUACCUCAAACUUUGUCCACGAUGCAUCUGCUCUUCCUCGAGAUCCAACCUUCGACGAAAAAGAAGUUGAUUUCUCUCGAUCUGCUUUACUCAUCAGUGGGAGUGAUCUAAUGGGAUUUAAUGAGUUUCAAUGGCAACAGCUUUGCCAGUAUCGCGAGAUAGUGUUCGCACGUACCACUCCUCACCAGAAGUUGCGAAUUGUGCGGGAAUUGCAGUCAAGGAAUGAGACGGUUGCCAUGACAGGAGACGGGGUCAACGACGCUCCGGCGCUCAAGGCCGCCGAUAUCGGCAUCAGUCUUGCCAGCGGCUCUGAUAUCGCGAUCGAAGCGGCCGAUAUGGUCCUACUAGACUCGUUCGCAGCCAUCGUGGAGGCUGUCCGAUAUGGAAGAGUUGUCUUUGACAAUCUGAAGAAGACAGUUGCUUAUCUCCUUCCGGCCGGGUCCUGGUCCGAGUUCUGGCCUGUCUUUACCAACCUGAUUUUCGGAAUCCCGCAAAUAUUGUCAUCAUUCUUGAUGAUUAUCAUUUGUUGCUUUACGGACUGUGCCGCUGCUGUUGCUCUUGCGUAUGAAGCACCCGAAGCAGAUGUGCUAUUCCGGCCACCGCGCCAUCCCACCAAGACCCGGCUCGUUGAUUGGAAACUUAUUUUCCACUCCUACGCUAUUAUUGGGAUGAUAGAAACCAUUUGCUCUUUUACCAUGGCUUUUUGGUAUCUCCAGAGGAAUGGUAUUCCAUUUUCCGAUCUGUGGUUCAAGUUUGGCGAAAUUCCCGCGGGAAUCGACGAAGACUUCUAUAAUGCACGCGUCAAUGAAGCUAGCUCGGUCUACUUCAUCAACCUGGUUAUCAUGCAAUGGUUCAAUCUCAUGGCCGUGCGCACUCGCCAUCUUUCAAUCUUUCAGCAUCCGCCUGCAUUCAAUAAAGAUACCCAAAAUCUGUAUCUAUUCCCCGCGAUUGCAUUCUCGUUGGGUAUCGCUGUCAUUUGGCUCUACAUUCCAACUCUGCAGACUGUUCUCAGCACAUCUGGGAUUCCUGUGGAGCAUUUCUUCCUCCCUGCAGCACUAGGCCUUGGGCUACUCUGCCUGGAUGAAGCUAGGAAAGCAGCAGUUCGCCGCUGGCCCACAGGGUCAUUCGCAAAAAUGGCAUGGUGAACACUUGAUCGUCCUCUCUGAAAUAUAUUCGAAGUCACUUGCAAGGAGCCGAUCAAAGAUGCCAAUGUCAUAACUUCCGCCUGAAUUGCGCGACUCCGUCCUUCGCUACUUUUUCAAGGGUUUUCUACAUUCCUUCUCUCCCCACUGUUGCUAUUUUUAUUAUACUUUUCUCCGGUGUAGACCAAGGUGUUUAAUUAAUUGAUAGCAUAUACGGUCUUGACUGAACUCCUGGAAGGCGGAUCUAUUUGAGUGUUGUUAAUGUUGUUAGGUGUCAAGUGAAUAUAUUUUCAUCCAAGCUCCCUCCGGAACAACGUUUCCAAAAAUAGACAAUCUAAGCAAUUGGAUCACACAGCGCUUCCCAUAGAGAACCACAC